AUACGAUAUUCAGUUUAAAAGGUGAUUGGACAGAAUUCUUUCACCCUUAAAAGGGACUUGGAACCAGACAUGGACUGGAAGCCCAUCUGUCUCACCAUACUGACCCGUGUAUCGCCAUACUGACCUGUGUAUCGCCAUACUGACCCGUGUAUCGCCAUACUGACCCGUGUAUCGCCAUACUGACCCGUGUAUCGCCAAACUGACCCGUGUAUCGGCAAACUGACCCGUGUAUCGGCAAACUGACCCGUGUAUCGCCAUACUGACCCGUGUAUCGGCAUACUGACCCGUGUAUCGGCAUACUGACCCGUGUAUCGGCAUACUGACCCGUGUAUCGGCAUACUGACCCGUGUAUCGGCAUACUGACCUGUGUGUGUGUGUUCCCUGAACCCCAGCAGUAAGGGCAGCACCCUAUCGAAGCGUGGCUCUAAGAAGGGGGCGGAGCCGACAGGUAAAGGUGAUGAGGGGCGUGUCCAGGAGGCCCAGGUACCGCUGGAGGACCUGGAGAGAAACCACAAGAUACUGCAGUGGAUGAUGGAGGGGGAGGCACUACGACACAAAAAGAACACACACGGGAGUACCACAGGCUCCAGGAAGACCCAGGGGAGUGUGGAGCUGUUGAGACCCAGCUCUGUGGAGCGUCCUGGGGCAGUGCACCCCUGGGUGAGCGCCCAGCUGCGGAACAACGUGCAGCCCUCCCACCCCUUCAUCCAGGACCCCACCAUGCCCCCCAAUCCCGCACCCAACCCCCUCACUCAGCUAGAGGAGGCCCGGAGGAGACUGGAGGAGGAGAGGAGGAGGGCCGCCCUGCUGCAGGCUAAACAGAGACAGAAGUCUUUAAGCAGUAAGAAACAGGGGUCACAGUGUGAGAACGUGACUGUGGCGUACUACUUCUGUGGCGAGCCAAUCCCCUACCGCACCACGGUCAAAGGUCGCGUGGUGACCCUGGGACAGUUCAAGGAGCUACUCACCAAGAAGGGCUUCUACAGGUUCUACUUUAAGAAGGUGAGUGAUGAGUUUGACUGUGGCGUGGUGUUUGAGGAAGUCAAAGAGGACGACGCCGUCUUGCCCAUCUACGAGGAGAAGAUCAUCGGUAAGGUAGAGAAGGUGGACUGAACCACGAAACAGGAAAUGG